CAUUAAGAUUUCUAUUAACUUCGUGCACAGGCUACUCAUUCGAUGUGAGUGGUGUCUGUGGUGGUGUAGAACGUGGUUUGCUGGUGAAACGUCCAAAUAAAAGCGAUGGAAGAAAAUUUGACAGUUUUGCCGGAAUCUUUUCUGCAUGUGUGUACGUGACUGCGACCGGAUAGCUUCUACGAUAGACUUUAGUCUGACGGAUAACUGUUAUACUCAUUGCUUCUCUCGGGAUUCAAGAAGGCGAACACCGUAGCACGAAUUUUGCGGCCUUCGUAAAUGUGUUAAAAGUGGCAGAUUUCACUAGAUAAUGAUUGUUCGUGAAUCCAAAGUUCACCGACCCGGAGACCAAUACCAUUAUUAACCAUGUGCAGCGCAUCUAAAGUGAAACAAUGAACUGCCAAAGUGCAUUACCGUUAUCUCUGUCGAAGCAGUAAAAAAAGGAACAGGAACAUUCGCCGCUUAGAAAUUGAGCGCCCGUGCUAGCUACAGUGAGAAACAGGCAAUCGUAAAGUGCGACAAUUGUGAUAAAGCAAAGGUUGAUUGUUUUCUUUUGGCGCGAUUCCGAUUGGUAAGUCACUGCAGCCGAGAAGUUCGUGGCGACUACAGAAACGGGAAAAAGUUGUCACAGUGCGGUCGCAGAGCCAGUCAACCUUUGCAUAGGAGCAGCAGAAACGGAACGCAAGUCGUUUUUGCAAUUGUUAUUCGAUUUACGCAGUGGAUGAUCAUCGUAGCAGGUUUUCUACGGUGGAUAAAGUCAGUGCACUACUACAUCAUGUUGAAUUCAACCGGAUUGAUUGAUGAUCUCGACGAAUGCCUUCGGUAUGUUGGCGGACCCGGUGGCGCCAUUGCACUGACCGGUGUGGCUGCGGCGACCGCUUACUACUACGCUACCAGACCAGUACCCGAGAAACCACUAGUGCCUCUAGAUAAUCAGUGCCCGAUCGAAGAUGGUCCCGAGCAAAUUCACGUGUCGAAAUUCUAUAAAGAAGCAAAGGAUGGUAAAUUCAUCAGUUGCUUAUCGGAAGAUGCACGGACACUUUAUCAGACUUUUAGGAAAGGUGUUAUUGAGUCGAACAAUGGUCCGUGUCUGGGUUGGCGAGAGAACUUGCAAUCUCCGUACCAGUGGAUGAAUUUCAACGAAGCAUUGCUACGAGCAAAGAAUUUCGGAUCUGGAUUGCUUACGCUGGGUCUACGUCCCGGGCCAAAUACGUUCGUAGGAAUUUAUUCACAAAACCGACCGGAAUGGAUUCUCUUCGAACAGGGGGUGUAUUGUUACUCGAUGGUUGUUGUUCCUUUGUACGAUACCCUGGGCCCGGAUGCGUGUGCUUUCAUCAUCAGCCAGGCAGAGAUUUCUGUGGUGGUAGUAGAGGAUGACAAAAAAGUUAACUUGCUACUGGAUAAGGCACCGAGAACUCUCCGGAAAUUUGUAGUCAUACGCAGUGUACGUCCAGCAACGUUGCAGCGUGCCAAGAAUCAAGGUAUUGAAAUCUACUCCUUCGACGAGGUGGAGAAGCUUGGAGCUGCCAAUGAUUAUCCCGAGGUGGAACCGAAACCCUCUGAUCUCUGUACCGUUUGCUACACAUCGGGUACUACGGGAAAUCCUAAAGGAGUGAUGCUGUCUCAUAUGAAUGUCGUAUCAGGAGUAGCUGGUGUACUACUUCAGUUAGGACCUCAUAAACCACGUGUUGCAGAUAUAAUGAUCUCUUUUCUGCCACUAGCACACAUGCUGGAAAGGUGCUGCGAAAAUGCUGUUUAUUACAAUGGCGGAGCAGUAGGAUUCUACUCUGGCGAUAUUAAAGAACUUACCAAUGAUUUAAAGGCUUUGAAACCAACUUUAAUGCCAGCAGUUCCUAGGUUACUAAACCGGGUGUAUGACAAAAUAUACAGUGAAGUGGCCCGAUCAUCGGUUAAAAGGGUACUUCUACGAAUGGCACUGAACGCGAAGGAAGCCGAAAUCAAGCGAGGAAUUAUUAGAACAACCAGUAUUUGGGACAAGAUCGUAUUUCGAAAAAUCCAGGAAGGAUUCGGUGGACGACUGCGGCUUAUGGUUGUCGGAUCAGCCCCACUCUCCUCCACAGUACUUACAUUCUGCCGUGUUGCUCUCGGGUGCUUGAUUUGUGAGGGUUACGGACAAACUGAAUGUACAGCACCGAUCACCCUUACCGUACAGGGAGACUUCGUUCCGGGUCACGUAGGACCACCAGUUGCAUGCAACGCAAUCAAACUGGUGGAUGUUCCUGAGAUGGAGUACUAUGCGUCGCAACAACAAGGAGAGAUUUGUGUGAAAGGAUCGAACGUAUUUAUUGGCUACUACAAAGACCCCGUCCGAACUGCAGAAACCAUCGACGAGGACGGGUGGCAUCAUACUGGUGACAUUGGCCAAUGGCAACCGAACGGGACACUAAAGGUAAUUGACCGGAAGAAACAUAUUUUCAAGCUGAGUCAGGGUGAGUACAUCGUUCCGGAGAAGAUCGAAAACGCAUACAGUCGCAGUCAGUACGUGGAGCAAGUGUUCGUGCAUGGAGAGAGUCUGAAGAGUUGCGUAGUUGCGAUUGUUGUUCCCGAUGUCGAAGUGAUUAAAAGUUGGGCUAUGGAAAACAACAUUCCGGGAACUCUGAGCGUACUGUGUAACAAUCCGGAUGUCAAGCAGUUAAUCCUGAACGACAUGAUUGCCUGGGGAAAACAGUUUGGACUUCGAUCAUUCGAACAGGUCAAAGAUAUUUACCUCCAUCCGGAUCCAUUCUCGGUGCAGAAUGGCUUGCUAACUCCUACGUUCAAAAGCCGAAGACCCCAGAUCAGAAGUUAUUUCGCACCGCAACUGGAUGAUAUGUACAAACAUCUGGACUGAAUAAAAACGACAUAGUCUGCGUUUUAGCUGUAUGUGUGCAGGUGCGUGUUAAUGCAAGAGUGCGUGUUCUUCGUUCACUGCGAUGCAAAAAUCAAUUAACAGUCACAUCCUUAAUACCUACCAGAGGUAUUCAAAACACAUGAAUGUAAAUCGUAGAUGCUGUUUAGGAAUAGUUUUUAUUAAACUUGACAGAAUCGCAUAAAAAGUAAAACUGAUAUCAGAAUCUGUCACUAAGCGUAUUCUACCGUUUGCUAUUCCCGUGGCGUUUGACAGGCCCGGCUGACAAGAUGCAAAACAUGAUAGGUCAACGCGUAUCAAAGAAAAUAUGUUUCAAUUUAUCUCGUUUCUUGUUGGCAAGGUAUGAAUUACCAACUUUUUAACAUCACAUUUGUAGGAUCCAAAACUGUACCAAAAAUUACUUAGUUGUUACUUAACGAAUUACCACAAGCUGGAAGGAGCAAACUCCUAGGGUAUAAAAACGAUUUACACGUGAGGCAAUUAUACUUUAGUGGGAACUGACUAUGAAUAGAAAAGGAAGUAUAAAGCUUCGAGUCAAUUUCAAGUUCUUAUGAUGUUAUAGUCCUGGAAGCAUACUUCCGGGAUAAGUUACUUAAAUUCUUUCAAAAAAGGCAUGAUAUUAUUACUAGAGAGCGAGUGAUUGAUGCGAGUAUAUAAUUUAUAUCAAAACUGUAUUGAGGAUUUUUUAUACUUUUCGUUACUGUAUUAAGUCGCUUGGUGGAUUGUAAUUCAAAUAGUAUUCAUCAUUAUUGAAAACUAGUCACAUCUUUAUUUAUUGCGUUUAUAUUGAGACAAUAUGAAUAACAUGUUCAAAAUUAUUUUACAAAAAUUAAUGACCAGCGCCUCGUGAGUGCAGUUUUUCAAUAUCGUUAUCAAAUUCAAUUUCACGCAAAAGAUCGGGAAAAUCUAGAAAAAUUACCUCAUAUGGUCAAAUAGGCAAUUUUCAAUCUUUCAAAUUUCUAGAAUGUUCACAAAAGUCCAAAGCUGCAGUACAAUAAGUUUUGGUUUCGAUAGAGCAAUCAAUGAAAAAAAUAUUGUUUAAUAUGGAGCCAUUUUCACUAUAUAGCAAGUAAAAGAAAACUAGAAUCAAUCAAUUUUACUGAGCAACACGGCUAUACUUUCAUCAGUUACAGCACAUACUAAGUAACUAUAAAAAGCAUUCAGAUGCAAAAAAAUACGUCGAAGCAAAGAGAGUAAAACGUAAAAUUCAAGUACCACUUAAUGAUAUAAUCGAACCGGUAUGAACGGUACGAAAUGAGAUUGAUGAAUAAUACAUAGAAAUCUUUUACUGAACGCCUACUUAAUCGAUAGAGUAAAUUGCAAUACGUAGUUAGUUGAAAACGUCGUGAAUGAUAAAAAUCAACAGGAACAUUUAAAAAACAAUUUCGCUUUUGAUGGAAAGUAUGAGAAACCCGGUUUAGUGAUUUUCGUAUAGAGCGAUAUGAAACUUUUCCGUAUUGGGUAAGGAUUAUGCAAUGUAAUAGACUAUGUAAAAUUUAUUCGAUUCUUGGAAAAGGUUGGCAUUCCUUAGAAUUAUACUGAUGAAUUGGAAAAAAUUUGUUACCCUAUUUUUACUUCAUUUUUCAUAUCGUUUUGUUUAUACCGUGUGCUGCACAUUUCUUCAUUGUCCUUCUAAAAAACAAAGUCUUGACAUUACAUUUCUUUUGUGGAAUUUGGCCUUUCUGCUCAAACAGACUUCGCAGCCAAUUUUUAGCGUUCAGAAUCAUUGCAUGGCUACUAACUACGAUCCUAUUGACACUGAAAAUCCUUCCAGGUUGGGGCUCGAACAUACGACCAGCGCCAUAUGCACCAAACCGCCAACCUGGGACUCGUUGCCCUCCUAACUAUAUUUCUUAAAUUCAUGAAUCUGAACAUACUAUUUUAGUUCGUUUCUUUUACUGGUACUUUAGAUAUUUUAAAAAAUCCAUUGAUUCCACUAAAGCUUGGAGAAAAUUUUGAACAAACGUGUUGAAUUUAAUAUUUAAUGCUUGUAUGUGUUUGUGUAUGCAGGUGGAUUAAAUCAGCCUUAAGGGAAAUGAUGUAUUAGCCAGACAAAUUGAAAUUGAUCAAAAGUUUACUUUUAAUUUAAAAGUAUUAUAUAUAAACAGGGGGUUUCUCGAUAAUACCUAUAAAGUUUAAAUAAUUUAACAUAUUUUUGCCUUUCUCAUAUAGAAAGACUAUGCAAGCACUGUGAAAACCGACUUUUUAACCGAGGCCCGGAGGGCCAAAUGUCAUAUACCAUUCGACUCAACUCGAUGAACUGAGCAAAUGUCAGUUUGUGUGUAUGUGUGUAUGUAUGUAACAAAAAUAUGCACUCACUUUUCUCGGAGAUGACUGAACCGAUUUUCACUAACUAAAAAUAUGCGCUCACUUUUUUCAAAGAUGGCUAAACCGAUUUACACAAACUAAGAUUCAAGUGAAAAGUCUUAUGGUCCCAGAACCUGCUAUUGAAUUUCAUUUGGAUUUGACUUCCGGUUCCGGAGUUAUGGAGUAAUAUGUGAAAAUUUGAGAGAAAGUGUGCAUUCAAUUUUCUUUGAAACCGAUCAACCGAUUUUCACAAACUAAGAUUCAAAUGAAAGGUUUUAUAGUUUCCUUAAAAUUUCUAGAACAUUUUAUCCAGAUCCGACUUUCGGCUCCCGAACUGAAGGGUGAUAAGUGGAAAGUUACCAAUUUCAUUAGUAUUUUUUCAUGAACGAUGGUCAAAAACAGGUCAAAAAAUCCCACCAAACUGUCUGAUAAUUUUUUCUAGUUUUCAGAGCUUGUUAGUUUGUGGGCAUAAAAGAAUAAUUCGGCACUGUUGGUCUCCCCUUUUCCUGUUCCGGAAGCACCGAAAGUGGAGCAGAACCGACCGAAAAAAUAAACGAAUGUCAAUGGAUUCAAAUUUAUUUGAAAAUAUAUAAAAUUUUCACUUCCGGUAGUGCAGUAAUACCGUGCCGGUGGUGUAAUGAUGUCAAUGAUAAUAACAAAAGUAAUGAUCCUACUACAUGUUUUAAUACUGUUCCAAUUUCUAGGUCAUAUUUAAUGCUGGCAAACAAACCAAUUUCGGCUAUACCGGUCAUCUGAAUCCUGUUUCGGAAGAAUUGGAAAUGGUGAUUAAAAACUGCAAAAGGGUCUCACUCACUUUCCUUCAAGACGGCCAAAUCGAUUUUCACAAACUUAUAGGUUCAAAUCAAAAGUCUUACAGGUUCACACGGAAUUACUAAAUUUGUUGGUUGGUAGAAAUUGAAUAAAAAAAGUAGAUUUUUACAUUUUUUUUCGGUUCUCCGGGCCUCGGUCAUAAAAUCGGUUUUCACAGCGAUUGCAUAGCCUUUCUAUAUGAGAAAGGCAAAAUUUUUGAGUUUACCAGGUGACAUAAUUCUACAAACGGUACAAUUCACAACUACUUAACUUGUCAAAUGACGCAAAAUUCCAUUCGUACAGAAUUUAACUUGCUCCGAGUGUAAUUUUCACUUAGCUACCAAGUGCCGCUGUAUGGAUGUAUAUGUAUCAAUUAUUCAUUAACCAGAUAUGUGCUUCUGUGGCUCAGUGAAAAAAUUAUAUGACGUGCUUUGUAAUCUAAUGUUUCUCGGUUUAUGUCGCGCUUUUGCUAUUGAUCUUUUGUUUUUCAUUUCAUUCGAUUUCAUGUCAUGUAAUAUUCAAAUCACACAAUACGACGCUCCAUUUAUGUCAUUAUGAGAUGUAAAAUCACAAGAUUUUUAUGAGCAGUGUACAUUGUACGCCACACGUAAUUAAAUUCGCUUUUCAAUACGUUUAUUAUAUUUAAAAAAAUCACACAACUGAAACUUUUACGCCAUAAUGCAUACGUUUUUAUACCAUUUGGGGAGAACGAAAGCAAAUGUUUAUGCUUAUCAGAGAAAUAUACUAGUUUACAGAAA